AUGUCAAUCUCGUCUCCCCCGCCUGCUGCUGGACCGUCUCAUGUUGCAUCGCCCCAUGCUAAGAGGGAUACAAAUGCUCUGUCGGAUCUGGUAGAUCGACUAUCGGUCAUCAGUGAACCUGACCAGGAGUCCGCGCACGGUCCACUGACGGAUGCGCAGCUCGCAUUGAAUCUGUACGCGGAAGAGUUGGAACUGUCGACGCUAAUCGCUCAACUUGCCCUCGAAGACAUCGCGGAGCUUCAGGGACAACAGAAGGGAAAAGGCCGCGAAGGCGCGCCGGCGUCGGAUGCAGCACUUGCGCUCGAGCUCUGCGCAGAGGAAGCGCAGCUGUGCAUCGGCUUCCAGAACGAUCACCUGCUCGCGUUGAAGACUCAUGUAGACGAACAUGGCACAUCUUUCCUGGCAGAUGAGAUCAAGGUACCGCAGACGGCCAAGCCUGAUCCGCCUCGACCCAAGAAUACAAGCUGUGUCAUAUGUCGUGAUCCUAUCAACGGUGUCAAUAUACACACACCGUGUGGGCACGACUAUGAUGUAGGCUGCAUAGCAGAUCUCUUCGCCGCCUGUACACGAGACGAAUCACUCUACCCACCCCGCUGUUGUCAUCAAAACAUCCCCCUCCUCUCGGUCAGGGAACAUCUUGGCAAAGACCUGCUCUCUCUCUUUGUGCAGAAAUCCCGCGAAUUCGAGACGCAGAAACGCGUGUACUGCGCUCGCCAGGAUUGCAGCAGCUUUGUUGGCGCAGAACACAGCAAUGGUGCAGCUGCUCCUGUUGCGCUUCCGUGCUCUGCAGCGGGAUGUGACACACUCACUUGCAGCCGGUGCAAAUCUCAGGUCAAUCGCACCGGUACACAUAUCUGCGUUGUCGAUCCCAGCGCAUCUGACCGUGUUGUCCUUGACCUUGCCCGCGAGUCUGGGUGGUCACAGUGCCCCGGGUGCAGCAGGCUGAUUGAACUCAAUACGGGGUGUUAUCAUAUCACCUGCUUCUGCAAGGCAGAUUUCUGUUAUCUCUGCCGAGCGCGAUGGAAGACGUGCACGUGUCCUCAGUGGGAAGAGAGGCUGCUCUAUGCUGCCGCAGAGCAGAGGGUUGACAGGAUGCUUGGAGGUGUUCGUGCUCCUGAACCGGCUGUGCGCAUUGAUCCUCAGCCUCAACCUCAAAUUCGAGCUCACGUUGCGGAACGGCGCGAGAGACUUAUCCGCGAUGCCGUCGAUGAUUUGCGGUAUAAUCAUGAGUGCGGCCACAAUGGAUGGACAUUUCGCAAUGGUAGAGGGCAGUGCGAGUCCUGCUUUUACACUCUUCCCCAGUAUCUGUUCCGAUGCCGGGGUUGUCAGAUGUUGGCAUGUAACAGGUGCCGCAGGAAUCGAUUGUAA